UGACUUCCGGCGGAAGCAGAAACGGAUUCCGAGGUUUGGCAGACGGCAGGAGAGGAGUGAGCGCCUGUGGCUCUACCAAGUUUGUUGAUCUGAGAAGGCCCACUUCUUGUUCGAGGGAUGAUGGCAUUUGAGCAGAUACCAAAAAAGGAUUGGUACAGCAUUCUGGAGGCAGACCCAUCUGCAAGUGUGUCAGACCUGAAGCAAAAGUAUCAAAAACUCAUAUUAAUGUAUCAUCCAGACAAACAAAGUGCAGAUGUACCAGCAGGAACGGUGGAGGAAUGUAUACAGAAGUUCAUCGAAGUUGAUCAGGCAUGGAAGAUUCUAGGGAAUGAAGAGACAAAACAAGAGUAUGACCUGCAGCGGCAUGAAGAUAAUCUAAGAAAUAUGGGACCAGUAGAUGCUCGAGUAUAUCUUGAAGAAAUGUCUUGGAAUGAAGAUGAUGAUUCUUUUUCUCUGAGUUGUCGAUGUGGUGGAAAAUACAGUGUUUCCAAGGAGGAAGCAGAAGAAGUGACGCUGAUUUCUUGUGAUACAUGUUCACUAGCUAUAGAACUCCUUCAUUAUCGCUGAGAUUGUUCACUAAGUGAAAUUCUUUAGUGUAUUCAGACACAUGGAGGAAAAAAUCUACUCCACCUUUGUCCAUUCAAGCAAAUGUAUAAAGCUGAUUUUUUAAAAAAGGAUUCUUUUUUGUCAGCUCUAUUAUUUGCAGAGAAAAUAUAAGACUCUCGAAGUCCACCUAGAUUAAUAGAAAAUUAAUUUCAUUAUUCAUAUGUAUUUACAUUUUAUAUUUACAGAUCGCUAAGAAAGGGGGCUUGAAUUAAAAAUUAUAUUUAGUGAAUUCGCAUCUGAGAAGUUUAUUAUUGGUGCCUUUCCUCCUUGGUACAAAAGAUAAGAAUUUUCCUUUCUUCAUAUAAGUGUGUCUCAUCUUUUAAUGGGUCACAGUAUCAUCAUAUUCCUUUAUAGUUGCUAAGUUUCUGAAGUAACAUAUUUCUAGCUGCUAAAGUUAUAGGCCUUUUGUACAACUAUUUCAAAUCUCAGGUCAUUAGAAUUAAGUUAGAAUCUUCGUGAAUAACAUGUGAGCAUAGCUCUCCCAUGAUGAAGGCUGGAUAUGGAUAUUCAUGAGUUAUUUCAAAGUUAAUAAAGUGAAAUGGCAACCGGAGAAAGAAGGAGAGCCUUGGAGUCAGUAAACCGUGGCCGCUGCGUUGCUGGUAUGAUGAAAUGGACUUUUUAAUGUGUUAUUAUUGAUUAUCAUAAAGCUUUUAUUUUUCUAUAUAUUUAAUACUCUAUGGACCGUAUGAGUCAGAACUCAUUUAAAAAAUUUUAAGGAAUCCUUUAUGGGGUCACUGAAACAUUCUUCCUUAAUUUCAAAUGAGUAAGCCAAGCAUGUGACUUAGCAGCUUUUUAAUUAGGUCAAACUCUUGUUUUAUUGUUGGUUUGGACUUCUAAGUCUAGUUAGUACUCUGCCUUGUAAAUGUAGCUAAAAUAUGAGGCAUAUUCAAGAGGAGUAAAUUACCUCCCUUAUACCUAUACAACCAAAAAUUUGAAAGUGAGGUUGUUCCAGGUUUUCCCUAAAAAUAUUUCAUAUCAAAAUUUAGAUGACUUAUUUUGGAUUACAUUUUUAUCCAUAUAUUUUGAACAAAUAUAGCUUGCAGAGUGUGUGUUGCUUAUUCUUUACAUUUAACAAUUAAAAAUAACUAAAACUGAAUAGCAUAUAGUUUACUAGUAAGUACAUGGUUUCAGUGACACUAAUAAAUUCACUUUAACAGAAGAUAAUAAUCAAAUGAAAAGAAUAAAUGCUUGCUAAUCAUCAGAAAAUCUGUGGCCAUUAGGGCUGUCACGUAGAAAUCCAAAAUCAUUCAGAGGCCAAAUCUGUAAAAUCAAAGUGUGAUUGAAGACAAUUAGUAAAGUGAUAUUAUAGCAU